CUCUCAAAUGAGAGGCAUUUUCUGAGGGGUCGAAUUUUGACCUGCCAAUUCCCUCCCUUUCACCGCACUCAACCCCCCCGUCUACAAAGUCAAAUUGGCUUCCAGCCAACCAACUCCCUCCCUUUCACCGCACUGAACUCCCACCCAUCUACAAACUCCAACCUUUCCUCACAAAUGCUCGACUCUCCCCCCCAUCAUCUCCCCCAUCACUUUGGUAGAAGACUAACAAGCACCGUAACUCGCGCAAUCGCCGCCACCUAGCUAAGCACACCACCGUUUCGCUUCAGAGCUGAGAUUUGGACGGAAAUGGGGAACGGCAAACACGGGAUGGCUUUCAAUCACGUACAGAGCAGGCUGGGCUAUGGGCAAAAAAGAAUGGGCGAAAAAACCGCGACGUCGCGAAGUCGCGGAAAAAAAAAAUAUAAGUUUUUUUUUUCGCCGGGCAGCCCGGGUAUCGCGUAUCGCGUAUUCCAAGCGUAUCAGCGUAUUGCGUAUAUUCGCAAGCGUAUAUACGCAAUACGCAAAGCCUUCUGUGCGUAUAUUCCAACAUAGGUGCUCUGAUCUCAUGUGCUCUGAUCUCAUGUGCUCUGAUCUCAUGUGCUCUGCUCUCAUGUGCUCUGAUCUCAUGUGCUCUGAUCUCAUGUGCUCUGAUCUCAUGUGCUCUGCUCUCAUGUGCUCUGAUCUCAUGUGCUCUGCUCUCAUGUGCUCUGAUCUCAUGUGCUCUGAUCUCAUGUGCUAUGCUUUUAUGAUCUCCGGUCUGUGCUCUCACCUCUGUGCUUUCACCUCUGUGCUCUCACCUCUGUGCUCUCAUGUGAAUGCUCUCUUGAUGUCCGCUGUGUGCUGCAUCGUACCCCCUCUCCCCCCCCCCCAACCAGCUGCAAAGCCUCACGGCGAGCCACCUUGAGGACUUGAAGGAAAUUCACAUCUUCCUAGUUCUCAAGAGCCAACAGCUGCAGUUCUUGGUGCCGGAGCAGUGGGAGCGACUGAAACACUACAAGGACAUCUUAUAUCGGAUCAUUCCAUACCUCAGUGUGCCUCGAGAUAAGGUGCCCCCUCAGUUCACUAUAGAGAAGGUGGAGCAGCUUGAGGGACAGAUCAAUCUGAUCUUGGAUACAUUCAAGAGGAGGCGGCCUCCUCCCCCCCACUACCACCAGCAGUAGCAGCAGCAGCAGCAUUGUAAGUGACUAGCUCAACCUUUUUUGUAUAGUGUUUUAUUGAAAAAGUACCGUACUCUCCCGGAUAUAGGACCCCAUGGACUUCCUAGAAAUACUUAGAAAAUUUCUAGGGUAGACAUUAGCGCAGAUGGAAAUUAUUGAGACCCUUGUGCAAUUAUUUUACACUGUAUCAACUUCUGUAUUGCAUGUAGAUGCGUUCUACGCAGGGUGUAAGGAAAUUCGUUUUUCCUUACUGGGCUCGACUACAGCACGUACGCCCUCGACUCUCGAAAGUCCAGGCUCGGCCGACUUAUUUGGUCCCGAACCACUUUACGAACCCAAACCAAAACGCGUGGCGCUUCCGUAGCUUUCGCCAACCGGAUCGCCCCAACCUGAUCGCGUGGUUCUCGGCUAGCCCUGUUCGUGCCUAUGAAUGCAUAGGCCUCAUUUGUAUCGACACUCUUGAAUCACGACCCCUUUAUUA